UUAAAAUCAUAGUCAAGUUUUACAAUUUUGCUUUGGUAAAUUUAUUUUGAUGGACCGUAGGUCAUCUGGUGAAAGGAACCCCUGGUUUAGGCUAUAUUAUGACUACAUUUUGGCAUUAUUUGAAGCUAGAGAAUACAGGACUAAGGGGUCAUCUCUUUUAAUUUGAAACCAUUUUAAGGUGAGAAAAGAGUGUGGCCCUUUAAAAAGUAGAAUUCUCAGGGUGCCCCGACUGUAAAGGCUCCUAGAGUUGUACCUACUGGGACCAGAGGAGAAGACCUGUCUGGCAGUUCCUGAUGCUGCUGAUAGGGGGUAGAUAUCCCCAGGGAGCCUUCUUUCAAGCCAAGUGUUUGACCCCCUGUUUUGUUUGGUAGAGAAGAUUGCACAAUGGCUUUUAAUCUCAUUCAAUAUUAUAAAAUUGUUCUGUUUGCACUACUCAAGGAGUAGUUUGUCAUUCUGAACUUAGGGGUAGCAGAUGUUCUCUGUGCUUGCAAGUGCUGGUGGUAGUAACACCUCAGUAGAGUGACUGGUGGUGACUUCCUGCCUCAGGGCUGUUUAACCCUUAGGGCACCUUAUCAAGUAGAGGAAUUAGGCAAGUGUGUCAAGUAAGGAGGGAAGCUGGGAGAGUCGGGGAAGUGUUUUUCUUUGGUAUAGACUAUUUUUCACUUACAUUUUUAUUAAUUAGUUUGUUCCAGAGACAGACACUUAAAAAAAAUGAAUUCACAAAGGAUACAGGGGAAUUCAAUUUAAGUGGUCAUGUUAAAAAAGUAAUAUCUCCUUUAUAGGCUUAAUGUAUGUCAUAAUUGGCUAAUUUAUUCCAUAUGAUUGUGAUGCCUGAGAGACAAGCCUAUGGUUUGCUGAUGAGCCAUGGUUAAUACAAUUUUAUCUCACUAAAUGUCGUCAGGAUUUAAGGGAAGACCUUCACACAGAUUUCUCUGUAUCUAUGUGAUGAUCAUUUUCCUGCUUUUCUUUCUGUCCCAUCUUCACUCCUUCCACAGUCACGUUACGGUAGUAUAGUCAUGCCAGUGUGCCCGUGAGUAACUCCAAGUCUGAGUUCUAAAAAGCAGGUUUCACUUAGCCAGCUGCCCUUGUCAGUUUCAGCCUUGGGAGUCACCUUUUGGUAUCUUUUCCCACUUCUUCUUCCUCCUUUCUCAACCACCAUUUCUCCUCUCCAUUGGAUUCUACAGGGUUUGUAAUCUCCCAGAUCAUUCAGCAGCUGGACGAAUUCACCCGCCAAGGGGAAGAUCCCUGGCAGAUCCCAGUGGGGGUACUUACCCCUUCCAGACUCUUCCUGAGGAAAGCAAGUUACCUUCUGUGUAGCAGGAGUACAUUUUAUAUUAGUUUGGCCUUGUGACUGUUAGAGUGGGAAGUCUGAGGGAAUUGGAGAAGAGAUGCAGUUUUAACAGAGGAAAAAUAUUUAGUAGAGACUGUCCUUUCUGCCUUCUUCGGGCGUGUCCCUCUUCUGGGCAUCUCUUCAGGAUUUCAUUCCUCCGUCCAACUGCUGUUCACAACUGCCCUUUCCAACUGCUCCAGAACUCUUGGCCCUGGCAUUCCGUGAUGUAAAUUAUUCCACGCAUGGCUCAAAAUGGGUGUGAAGCGGUGUUGCCAGGUGUCGGAUCGCUAGUUUGUCAUGGAUGAUGAUGAUGACUCGUGUCUCCUUGAUCUUAUUGGAGACCCACAAGCAUUGAACUAUUUUCUACAUGGACCUAGUAAUAAAUCUAGCAAUGAUGACUUGACUAAUGCAGGAUAUUCUGCAGCCAAUUCAAAUUCAAUUUUCGCCAACUCUAGUAAUGCUGAUCCUAAGUCAUCCCUCAAAGGUGUAAGCAACCAGCUUGGAGAAGGGCCCAGUGAUGGACUGCCACUUUCAAGUAGCCUCCAGUUCCUUGAAGAUGAACUCGAGUCUUCUCCUCUUCCUGAUCUCACUGAGGACCAACCUUUCGACAUUCUUCAGAAAUCCUUGCAAGAGGCCAAUAUCACUGAACAGACAUUGGCAGAAGAGGCAUAUUUGGAUGCCAGUAUAGGUUCAAGCCAACAGUUUGCACAAGCUCAGCUUCAUCCUUCUUCAUCAGCAUCCUUUACUCAGGCUUCUAAUGUUUCUAAUUACUCAGGUCAGACGCUGCAGCCUAUAGGGGUGACGCAUGUGCCUGUUGGAGCAUCGUUUGCAAGCAAUACAGUGGGUGUACAACAUGGCUUUAUGCAACAUGUGGGGAUCAGUGUUCCCAGCCAGCAUUUGUCUAAUAGCAGUCAGAUUAGUGGUUCUGGUCAAAUACAAUUAAUUGGGUCAUUUGGUAAUCAUCCUUCCAUGAUGACUAUUAAUAACCUAGAUGGAUCUCAAAUCAUAUUAAAGGGCAGCGGGCAGCAAGCCCCAUCAAAUGUGAGUGGAGGGCUCCUGGUUCAUAGACAGACUCCUAAUGGCAACUCCUUGUUUGGGAACUCCAGUUCCAGUCCAGUAGCACAGCCUGUUACUGUUCCAUUUAACAGCACAAAUUUUCAAACAUCUUUACCUGUGCAUAACAUCAUCAUACAAAGGGGUCUUGCACCAAAUUCAAAUAAAGUCCCAAUUAAUAUACAGCCAAAGCCUAUCCAGAUGGGUCAGCAAAAUACAUACAAUGUGAACAAUUUGGGAAUUCAGCAGCACCACGUACAACAAGGGAUCUCUUUUGCUUCUGCAAGCUCACCCCAGGGCUCAGUAGUUGGUCCACACAUGUCUGUGAACAUUGUAAACCAACAGAACACAAGAAAGCCAGUCACCUCACAGGCAGUGAGCAGCGCUGGGGGCAGUAUUGUUAUUCAUUCCCCCAUGGGCCAGCCUCACGCACCCCAAAGUCAGUUCCUCAUACCUACAAGCCUUUCUGUCAGUUCCAACUCGGUACACCACGUCCAGACUAUAAAUGGGCAACUUCUUCAGACUCAACCCUCUCAGCUCAUUUCUGGCCAAGUGGCCUCAGAGCAUGUCAUGUUGAACAGAAACUCUUCCAACAUGCUCAGGACCAACCAACCAUAUUCUGGACAGAUGCUUAACAACCAGAAUACUGCCGUCCACUUAGUGUCUGGGCAGACAUUUGCUGCCUCUGGAAGUCCAGUGAUAGCCAAUCAUGCCUCUCCUCAGCUUGUGGGUGGACAGAUGCCCUUGCAGCAGGCAUCCCCAACCGUAUUACACCUGUCACCUGGGCAGAGCAGCGUUUCCCAAGGAAGACCUGGCUUCACCACCAUGCCCUCGGUGACAAGCAUGUCAGGACCUAGUCGGUUCCCUGCUGUCAGCUCAGCCAGCACUGCCCAUCCUAGCCUUGGGUCUGCAGUUCAGUCUGGUUCAUCAGGAUCAAACUUUACGGGAGAUCAGCUGACGCAGCCGAACAGGACUCCAGUACCAGUCAGUGUGUCUCAUCGUCUUCCAGUUUCUUCUUCCAAGUGUACCAGCACCUUCAGUAACACACCUGGAGCAGGAACCCAGCAACAAUUCUUCUGCCAGGCUCAGAAAAAAUGUCUGAAUCAGACUUCCCCCAUUUCUGCUCCCAAGACCACAGACGGCCUGAGGCAAGCACAGAUCCCUGGGCUCUUGAGCACCGCACUGCCAGGGCAGGAUUCUGGAAGCAAAGUUAUAUCUGCGUCCUUAGGAACCGCACAACCACAGCAGGAAAAAGUAGUUGGAUCAUCUCCUGGCCAUCCAGCUGUGCAGGUGGAUAGUCAUUCAGGAGGACAAAAAAGGCCUGCUGCAAAACAGCUAACUAAAGGAGCUUUCAUUCUCCAGCAGUUGCAGAGGGACCAAGCCCACACUGUGACACCGGACAAAAGUCACUUCCGAUCACUAAGUGAUGCGGUGCAGAGACUGCUCUCCUACCACGUGUGCCAGGGCUCCAUGCCCACUGAAGAAGACUUGAGAAAAGUGGACAAUGAAUUUGAAACAGUUGCCACUCAGCUCCUAAAAAGGACCCAAGCUAUGCUUAACAAAUACAGAUGCCUGCUCCUAGAAGAUGCCAUGCGAAUCAAUCCCUCUGCUGAGAUGGUGAUGAUCGAUAGGAUGUUCAACCAGGAGGAAAGAGCUUCCCUAUCCCGAGACAAGCGCCUGGCGCUUGUAGACCCUGAGGGUUUUCAGGCUGAUUUCUGUUGUUCCUUCAAACUUGAUAAAGCUGCUCAUGAGACACAGUUUGGCCGGAGUGACCAGCAUGGCAGUAAAGCAAGCAGCUCUCCACAUCCGCCAGCCAAGGCCCAAGGCAGAGACCGAGCCAAAACCAGUGUGACAGAAUCCAUGAAUCAUGACCAGUUUCAUCUAGUGCCUAAUCACAUCGUGGUCUCUGCAGAAGGAAACAUUUCUAAAAAAACAGAAUGCCUUGGCAGAGCACUGAAAUUUGACAAAGUGGGCUUAGUUCAGUACCAGAGCACGUCUGAAGAGAAGGCCAGCCGGAGAGAGCCUCUGAAGGCCAGUGAGUGCUCUCCCGGCCCUGAAGGGCACCGGAAAACCUCAUCCAGAUCAGAUCACGGUACUGAGAGCAAACUCUCAAGCAUCCUAGCAGAUUCGCACUUGGAGAUGACAUGUAACAAUUCCUUCCAGGACAAAAGUCUGAGGAAUUCUCCAAAGAAUGAAGUUUUACACACAGACAUCAUGAAAGGGUCAGGCGAGCCCCAGCCAGAUCUCCAGCUGACGAAGAGCUUGGAAACCACAUUUAAGAACAUCUUGGAACUCAAAAAGGCAGGACGGCAGCCCCAGAGUGACCCCACGGUUAGCGGCUCUGUUGAGUUAGAUUUCCCCAACUUUUCUCCUAUGGCUUCACAGGAAAACUGCCUGGAAAAGUUCAUCCCGGACCACAGUGAAGGUGUUGUAGAAACUGACUCCAUUUUAGAAGCAGCUGUAAAUAGUAUCUUAGAGUGUUAAUAGCAGCAGUCCUCCCCUUACCCCACCCGAGACCCCCCCGGCCCCGGACCAGUUACAUUCUUUCCUGGCAAAAGCAAAUGGAAAUGGUCUCCUGUCUCCAGCCUGCUUGAUCUUUCAUCACAGGUUAUACUUUCUAAUCUCAAUCCUGUUCUUUGUUUAAGAGCAAUACUUGUCGUGAUUACAGGGAGAUCCUUUAGUAAAAUUAAUCCUUGUUAGAAAGCAGUCUGAUAGGCCCCACUCAUUUCAAGUGUUAUGAAAGUGCUUAUAGUCAUUUAGUUUAUUUGUUUUGUUUUUUAAAAACACCAUAACUCAAUGAGACCACAGUAUACUUGGCCCUUGGUAAAAUUUUGACAAUCAUAAGUCAUUUGAAAAGAACAGACUUACUAAAAUCAAACGAGACAGAUAGAAGCUACUUUUUAAAGAAUAUCCCACUGCAUCUCCAAAGUUAGUUUUGGGGGUUUUUAUUAUUAUUAUUAUUUUGGGUUUGUGUGUGUGUGUGUUUUGUUGUUGUUGUUGAGGGGAAGACCACAUGCUUCUUCCCCCUCAGCCAUCCUUGAGCAGUAAAUUGCUGGCUGUGCUGCCAGGGACCGGAGCCCUGGUGGAAAAGCCAGUAGCACAUACGCAGGGCAUUGCAGUGCUUCCCUGUUGAUGGUUCAAGUGCUUUUCUGAUGCUUCUGGGACAAAACCUCAUGCUUUUAGGCAUAUCCAUGUUGAAUUUCAUCUAGGGAAUGUUCUGUUCUUAUUUACAGCAGCAAAAUUUGAAAUAAUUUCACCAGGCUAAAUAAAGGAAAAUGGAAACCAGUUAAGAGGCACAGUGUACAGGGGAGGCCGGGAUAGAGCCAUGAAGGUUAUAAUAUUAAUAUGUAUAUAUGUAAAAGCAUAUAUAUGUUAACUAUUGAGAAAAAACAAGUUUUGCAUUUUAUAAUUGGAUAUAGUCAACAUAUGAUGUAUGUUUUUGUUUGUUGCUGGAUUUUGUUUCAUUUAACCUCUCUUUGCACCCUCUCCCACAACAAAUACCAAGCAUCAAAAGCACUUUCAUUUGAAAAUUAUGUUGUAAUUUUUCAGUUUAAACUUUAAGGAGACUUUGGCCUUGUUUAUGCUUCUUGUCUGAGAACAGUGGUCAUCCCUGGCAGCAAUUCAUUACCAAAACACAGACAAACCAAAGGUAACCAGCUAGCCCACCACUGAAAGGAAAGAUCUGAGACAUGGGAUUCCCAUUUGAGAGCCAAAGGAUAUGCCCUGUCACGAUUUCUGUUUGGCCUGUGUUCAUAUUAGUGAGCAUGGCUUAUUGCUUUAUUUAUUUUUAUUUCUUGUCAGGGAGUGUUCUCCGUUUUCCUUUCUCGUAUACCUGCCCCAGGUUAUCCCAUUUCUGUUGUUACCUUUAUUCUCAAUGUCAUUGUAACCAUCACUUAUCUCCUCUCAUUGGGAAAGCUACAUGAUAGUAUUUGUAUGCACUCUUCUCCCACACAUACACACAUGUGCGUGUAUCUGAGCUGCUCGGAUCCAGAGGUCAUUUUUGUUACAGUGUGUGCACACUCACUCUCCUUCUUAGUGUGCAUACUCUCUCAUUUAUUCUGUUUAUCUCCCUGGCUCUGGAGGUGCAGCCUCUGGUCUUCACUUUAGUGUGUUACUAGAAUCUGCUUCUGGCUGUCGCCAGCAUGGGGAUGACCCCCAUUGUCAUCAUGUUGGGCAUUUCUUUUCCGGAUUGGCCUGUUAUGGAAAGGAAGGCUUCUGAUUAGAAAACACAGCAACAGAAGACCUAUACCCCCGGUGCCCCUGUGUCCCACUACACACAAAAAACCCUGUGAGAUGGCCAAUCUUCAUAAUAGCAAUGUACCUUCACCCCAGCCACAUGCCCUAGCCAAUACAAAUUGGAAAAUCUGGGCCAUUUUAGGGUUACCAUUUUUUCCUUAUUUGUGCCAAUGUCCAAGUUGCAGAUUUCCCCUUUUUCCUGUAUUGUAACAUAUUAGGUAAGUUGGUUUUGCCAGUUGGUACUUUCUGUUUGGGUAGCCCUGGGGUAACACCCUGCCCUGAACUCCAUGAUUUCAUAGGCUUUUCUUCCCUUAGGGCUCAUGCUCCCCUAAUUCCUAGCAAGAUGAUCCCUCCUAAUCAAAUUCUUCUCAUUGUGGGACUUUAUCCCUGGAAGCCUUCAUGUGGGCUGCUAGUGAGUUAUAUUAAUUACUGCAAAUCAGUGGAAUUCUCAAGAGACAAGAUAAGCUUCAUGUACAUUUGUCACCUCUCUUUCUUCCCUAUCCUGCCCUGCUGUCCCAAUCCUAGCUUUUCUAUAUACCAUUUUAAAGGGUUUUUAAGCCCUAACACUUGUCUAGCAAAUGGAGAGCCUAAUUUACCAAAAUGAAACUUGUAAAUGUUUGUGUCAUUGUAUGUAAGUUUACUUUUUACGGAGGAAGGAUUCUAGAUAAUGACAAAUGAAGAUUAUGACAUGUAUUUUACUCCUGUGAUUAGGUUCUACGCACAUGGGUCAUAACUCGCAUGUCGAGCCCCCUCUGGUGCAGGGUAGGAGAGCUCAGCCUCAGAUGGCCAGCAUUCAGUUUUUCAGGUUCAUUAGUCAAAGUUAAGUUUUAGAACUAUUUGUACUCAGUCACAAAAAUCAUUUUUCUUUUUUUUUUUUUUUCUGUUGUUGUCGUGGAAAAGUGUGAAUUUGUUAUUAAGCAUUUGAUUUUCUGUGUCCUUAAGUACUUCCUAAAGAUGAAGCAAAAUUUUAAUCUGGCAAUUACGAAAAAGAAAUAUUUUAGCUCUGAAGGAUUUAGUAGAUUCUGUUAGAUUAGGGAGGCCUUACAGACUGACUUGACUUAAAGAGGACGCGUCACUCGCUGUCAGUGUGGUGUGGGCUUUAUUUGCUUAAAUACCUUCAUUUGUAUAGUAUGUCUCACUUGAAAUUGCUUUGUAUACAUUUUGUAAAAAUAUUUAUAAAAUGUUUUGUAAAAAAAAAAAAAGUAUAACAAAUUGCAGUUUAUUUUGUUAUGUUGGAUAAAUACUGUUAAAAGAAACCAGUCAGUAACUAUAUUGUUAAUCCAUGGUUAGGAAAUGUUUAGUUGGAGAUUACAAAAUGAAACAACCAUUGCAAUACAGCCAAAGAUUUGG